AUGGAUAUUUCUGUUAAUUCUGAUUAUGGCGGAUUGCCUACUGAAAAUACCAUUGAAAUACCAUUAAGAGGAGGUGAUGAAAUAAUUGAACUUGACACAGACCAGUUGCCUGAUGGUGAAGAAGUGCUCAAUAUAUUAAAUCAAGAAAAAGCUCCCUUGCAAAUUUGGAUCACUGUUGCUAUUGCUUAUUAUAAAAAGAAAUUAUACGAUGAUUUUGAGAAAGUUCUUGAGGAAGCAUACCUAAAUGCAGCUGAUCUUCAACCGUAUCAUGACAGCGACUUGGUUCGAUUGUUAGAUAUGCUUGCUAAUUAUUAUGGUCGUAAAGCUUACAAAGAAAAAAGCAAGGAUAAAAAGAACCAAUUAAUUGCUCAGGCAACUAGACUUUUUACGUCAGCUGAUCGAAUUGAUAUGUACGAUCAAAAACAUCUAUUGGGCCGAGCGUUCUUUUUUAUCUACGAAGGUGAAAAUUGGAGUCAAGCUGAUAGUCAGUUGAAUUUUGUUUUAAAUCAAGGUGCUCCAAGUGUACCGGCUUAUCUGGGCAAAGCAUGUAUUGCAUUUAAUAAAAAAGAAUAUAGAAAUGCUUUAGGAUUUUAUCGUAAAGCAUUACGAUUACAGCCAAAUUGUCCAGCUACCGUUCGGCUUGGAAUGGGUCAUUGUUUUUUUCGACUGGGCAAUAUGGAAAAAGCCCGUUUAGCGUUUAAACGAGCUUUGGACUUAGAUCCAGAAUGUGUUGGUGCAUUAGUCGGAUUAGCUGUGUUGGAUCUUAAUGAAAAGACCCAAGAGUCAAUUAAACAAGGCGUUCAGAAAUUAUCACGCGCUUAUAAUCUUGAUUCAACAAAUCCUAUGGUGUUAAAUCACCUAGCUGAUCACUUUUUUUAUAAAAAAGAAUAUGCUAAAGUUCAUCGAUUAGCUUUACAUGCAUUUUAUAAUACUGAAACGGAAUCUAUACGUGCUGAAAGUUGUUAUCAAAUGGCUAGAGCAUUUCAUAUACAAGAAAAUUAUGAUAAUGCAUUUCAAUAUUAUUAUUUGGCCACACAACUUGCUUCUUCAACAUUUAUUUUACCAUUUUAUGGUCUUGGUCAAAUGUAUUUACAUCGUAAUGACUUAGAACAUGCUGCUAUGUCAUUCGAACGUGUAUUAAAAGAUAAUCCAAAUAAUUAUGAAACUUUAAAAAUACUAGGUAGUUUAUAUGCUCAAUCUAACAAGCCAGAUAAACGUACACAAUCAAAACAAUUAUUUAAACAAGUAACUGAAAGUCAACCGGAAGAUGUCGAAGCAUGGAUUGAAUAUGCUCAGUUAUUAGAUAACGAUAUUAAUGGAGCUUUAGAUGCUUAUUCUAAAGCACUAACAAUUUUAGAAAAUAUUCAGCUGGAAAUUGCACCAGAAAUUUUAAACAAUAUUGCUGCACUUUAUUUUAUAAAAGGCGAAUAUGAUAAAUCUUCUGAAUUUUUCACGCGUUCAUAUGACCGUAUUCUUGAAGAGCAAAGAAAUGAAGAGAAUGAAUGUGGUGGAGAUAGUUCUGGAUUAACUAACGAUGACUACUAUCAUGGAUUAAGUAUUACAGUUCGUUAUAAUCAAGCAAGACUUCAUGAAGCUCAAGGUAGAUCAGAUUUAGCUGAAGAAAUUUAUAAGAGUAUUCUACUACGACAUCCAAGUUAUAUUGAAUGUUACCUCCGUUUGGGUUGUAUUGCACGUGAUCGAGGACAGAUUCGUGAUGCUUCAAUUUGGUUCAAAGAAGCUUUAGAUGUAGAUCAAGAUAACCCAGACGCUUGGACAUUGAUUGGAUUAUUACACUUAGGUAAAAAUGAAGUUGAACAAGCCCAGAAGAAAUUUGAUCGAAUUAUCAGACAACCAGCAUAUAGAGCAGAUGCAUUUGCACGUAUAUGUUUAGGGAAUAUUUGGUUAACUACCCUACAUCAUCCUAUCAAAGAUAAAGAUAAACGUAAAAGGCAUCAGGAUCGUGCAUUAUCUUUCUAUAAAGCUGUUCUAUGCGCUGAUCCUAGAAAUAUAUGGGCUGCACAUGGUAUUGGUUGUGUAUUAGCACAUAAAGGAUUUGUUAAUGAAGCUAGAGAUGUAUUUGCACAAGUUCGUGAGGCAACAGCUGAUUUCCCAGAUGUUUGGAUUAAUAUUGCACAUAUUUAUGUUGAACAAAAACAAUACACUGCUGCAAUUCAAAUGUAUGAAAAUUGUAUUAAGAAAUUCUCUCGACAGAAUAAUACAGAAUUGUUACAAUAUUUGGCUAGAGCACAUUUUAAAGCCGGUCAAUUGAAAGAAUGCAAAACUAUGCUAUUAAAGGCUCGUCAUGUUAAACCAUGGGAUCCUGUAUUGACAUUCAAUUUGGCUUUUGUUCAAAAAAGAUUAGCUGUUACUGUACUACAGGAUGAGACAAGCAGUUUCUCAUCUGUUUGUGAAGCAAUAGCUGAUUUAAAUAUGGCCAGAUGUACAUUUAAUCAUUUGUCGAAAUUGAAUGAAGUGUUAAAUCAAGCUAUGGCGGCUGAUGAAGCUCGUAUCUGUCAAGAUCUACUAAGUCAAGCUAAAUAUCAUCUUGAUAGAGCUAAAUCACGUGAAGAACAAGAACGAGUUGUUCGAAAACGUCAAGAGGAAGAACGUGAAGCACAACGUAAACGUCAAUUGGAAUUACAACAACAAGCUGAACAAAUGCGACUUGAUCGUGAACGACGUUUAGAAGAAGAACGUGGACGUUUCUUGGAGAAAGCUAAACAAAUUAUAAUUGAACCAGUUGUAGAGGAGAAGAAAUCACGUCGUAGUGGUGGCGGUAAUCGAAAACGUGAUGAUUUUAUUGCAUCUGGUGAUGAGGAAAGCAGUGGAAGUUCUAAUGAGGCAGCGGCCGGUGAUCGUUCAGAAAAUGUCGAUAGUGUUGGUCAACAGAAACAAAAAAAGAUUGGAAAUAAACGUCAAAGUUCCGAAUCAAAGGAAGGAAAUCUUUUGCGUAAAAAGUCAAGAUUCUCUAAUUCACGUGAUGAUGGAUUAUCAGCUAAACAAAGAAUGCGAAUAGUUAGUAAAGCUAUUGUUUCUGAUUCUAGCGAUAGUUCAAGUAGCGGUGAAGAAGAUGAACAAGAACAUCAAGCACGUGCUGCAGCAUUGGCCCGUAAAAUUUUAUCAUCUGAUGAUGAUGACGGUAGCGAAUCUGAAGAUCAGUCUCCUCCUAUGACGGGUAGGCAACAACAACAAUCUAUGGACUCAUCACCUUCAGAUUUGUCGGACAGCAGUAGUCCAAGACGACAUAAUGAACACAGAUCAAAACCUAGGCGUGUUUAA